UUGCAGAAAACUGUUGCUUGAAUUACGUCACGAGCUGGCGCCCGGUUUGGGAAUGGUUGCGGGAGAAUAUUGUAACUAUGACGGAUCCGAUCAAUCGUUUAGAGAAUCCAGGGAAUCCCAUGAUGACGCGAUGAUUCUGUCUGAAUCUAAAUAUUUCCCUGGGCACCCUAGCCUUCCACCUGGACCAUACAGUCCAACCUUCGGACGCAAGGAUAUCUUCUCCCAGAGGAAGCAGAGAGAGUUUAUACCAGAUAACAAGAAGGAUGAUUCCUACUGGGACCGGAGAAGGAGGAAUAAUGAGGCUGCGAAGCGCUCCCGGGAGAAGAGACGGUUGAAUGAUAUGCUCCUGGAGACAAGGGUUCUAGAACUAACCAAGGAUAAUCAUAUACUCAGCGCCCAGCUCACCGCUAUACAUGACAAGUACGGGAUCAAGGGAGAGAAUAUGAUCUCCAUGGACCAGGUUCUGUCGACCCUACCUUCAAAUGAUCAAGUUUUAAAUUUUACCAAAAAACGAUUGGGCAUGUCUCCAAGUUCUCCUUCCCCCAUACACUUUCAGAGCCUAACCUUGCCACCCCUCACCAUGAACAACAACUCCUUGAACAACAACAACAAUAACAACAACAAUCAUCAUCAGAGAAUGCGAAGUGUGUCCCCGGAUCGGUACAGAUCUCCCUCCCCUCACUACUCCCCCGUCCCAGCUCCUGUACAAUCCAGCUACACAGAUAUCCGCUCAUACGCUGAGACCGGACACAUUUACAGGCACACAGCUCCCAACCCUAGCUACGACCUGGAGAACCAGGAUGAUAAAGACAGUGGUCUAGCUCUAAACCUGUCAACAGAUAGAUCAGGGAGUGAUGGAAGAUCCAGUGGAAGUGGAUCUCCUCCUGUAACUAGCUCUAAUAUUGGUGAGCGUGAAGGGAGCUCAAGUGGAGAUGAAUCUGGUUAUCCUAGAUCACCAAACAGUGGAGAGUCCAGUCUACCACACAAACUCAGGUUUAAGACGGUGGUGAACGAGAAGGAGGCCGUGAGCAGUCUGCUCUCCCUCCACCAGAUGGCGAUGAUGAAGCGCGAACCCUCCGAGCAUAUCACCCAUUGGAUGGAGAGGAUGGAGGGUUCCGGGAGAAUGCCGAAUCCAGGAUUCUUCGCAUCCCUUCUCCCGCGCCAAGUAGAAGUACCAGUUGGAGAACCGCUCCUGAAGCGUGCGAGGCAUAUGCCCGAGAAUCUGACCGACGAGGUUGCCCGCCUAACCAGCGAGGUUGCGACCCUCAAGGAUAUCCUGGUGAACCGUAUGAAGGAUGAAUCAAGUGAGGAUGGGAAGGAGUAGAGAGACUGAUGUCUCGCAUCCAUGUUUGUCUGUUUUUUACUGUUGUGCUACAAACUAAAUGUAUCUCAGCGUGUACUGUGUACUGUGUAGUAAUGUUUGUUGAAAACUACACUUUAACCAUAAAAUUUAACCCAAUUUAUUCAUUAUUUGUUGUGAACUUGGACCCAUUGGCAAUCUCCUUGAUGUGAUAAAUUUAAACCAGAAAAUUUGCCAAAAAUUAGGAUUUUUGAAAUUUUAAAAUCCCGGUGGAUUAACUCGGCAAAAUGUGAUUUAAAAUUUUGUUUGGCAAGAUAUUAUUAACUGUUGUAAGACGGGCAGGGUUCGGAGACAUGUUUAGAUUUGUGAAUAUAUCCUUGGUUUGGAGUUGAGUUGGGUUUCUAGCUCCGCUUUUUAGAAUAAUACCGUCAAUAAUAGGAUUCUAUAGCGCAUUUGUAUUAUGUAUAUUUUUAUGUUAUUAUCACGUUAAGCCCCAUGUAACGCCCACCGACCCGCCAGGAUGAUUUUGUAUCGGAGACCCGCCGAACUCUGCCCGCCUUCUCCGACUAGAUAUAAUAUUAAAUUAUAUAUAUUUGUAUCAUAUGUCCAAAAUAAAACAUUUUGAUAUAGUGAA